CUGCCCUAGUGCUCCAUGAAGACCAUCGAGGUGAAGUUCAUCCACGACCAGACCUCCCCAAACCCUAAGUACAGAGGAUUCUUCCAUGGGGUCAGGGAGAUUAUUCGGGAACAAGGGCUGAAGGGGACCUACCAGGGCCUCACAGCCACCGUGCUGAAGCAGGGGUCUAACCAGGCCAUCCGCUUCUUCGUCAUGACCUCCCUGCGCAACUGGUACAGAGGGGACAACCCCAACAAGCCCAUGAACCCACUGAUCACCGGAGUGUUUGGAGCUGUUGCUGGCGCAGCCAGUGUCUUCGGGAACACUCCUCUGGAUGUGAUCAAGACCCGGAUGCAGGGCCUGGAGGCACACAAAUACCGGAACACAUGGGACUGUGGCUUGCAGAUCCUGAGGAAUGAGGGGCUCAAGGCAUUCUACAAGGGCACCAUCCCCCGCCUGGGCCGGGUCUGCCUGGAUGUGGCCAUCGUGUUUGUCAUCUAUGAUGAAGUGGUGAAGCUUCUCAACAAAGUGUGGAAGACAGACUGAGUCCCUUAGGGGGUCUGCAUGGGGGUUGCCCCCAGGCACCUCCAGACCAGUCCCCACUGCCCUCGUCUCACGAUUCCAGUGCAGUCGUGCCAAAAGGCCCCUUUUCCCUAUUCCUUGCACUCCGUGGCCUGGGUCUGUACCCUGUAGCCAUUGAGUCCACAUGUCCCUUAGUGCCGUGUGUCCCCUGUGGUGUGUAUGACACCACCAUUGAGUCCAUGUGUCUGGCCAAGGCUGGGUGACCCUCUGGCCUGUGAAUCUGUGCCCACUUGUCCAUGUGCUUACUCAUGAGCCGUGUGCCUGUGUUUCAUGUUCUGUGUCAUGUGACCCUGUGCCCCGCUUCCCCGGGGUGCCCAUGUGGCUUGGGUCCACGGCCCUGUAGCCAUGGCCCGGUCCCAGCCCGGUGCCUUCCACCCUGGGCAGCAGGGGCACCUGUCCCGGCCUACCACAGCUGCCUCCGGGCCUCAGCCUGGCCUCGCCGCAUUCCAGGGGCUAUGUGCCCCCUGCUUCUCCCGCCACUGGCCUUAACUGGCCCUUGGGCCCUCCCUCUGCCCGGGACAGGGUGGCACCCGCCACUCUCAGGACCACCCUCCCAAGGCCGAAUAAACCGGAUCCUGUUGUAGCUUC